CUCUGAUUGGACAGCCGCGCUGACGCAGUGUGGCGCCUGCUUUGUUAGAUUGAUCCAUGCUAGCAAAUUUCCUUUGUUGUGAUUAACCGUUAGCGGUUGUGAUUCUGCUUUAAUAACAUAUAUCAAGAAAGUUGCUGAAAAGAUAAUAUAGAGAAUGAGCGGCGGAGUUUAUGGAGGCGAUGAGGUGGGAGCUUUGGUGUUCGACAUUGGCUCAUACACUGUGAGAGCCGGCUACGCAGGAGAAGACUGUCCCAAGGCAGACUUCCCCACGGUCAUAGGUGUGACCCUUGACCGAGAGGAUGGCAGCACGCCAAUGGAGACUGAUGGUGACAAGAACAAGCAGAGUGGUACCACCUACUAUAUUGAUACCAACCAGCUGAGGGUACCCAGGGAGAGCAUGGAGGUCAUGUCUCCGCUGAAGAAUGGCAUGAUUGAGGACUGGGACAGUUUCCAGGCCAUUCUGGAUCACACCUAUAAGAUGCACUUCAAGUCUGAACCCAGCCUGCAUCCAGUGCUCAUGUCAGAAGCAUCGUGGAACACGCGAGCGAAACGAGAGAAACUAACAGAACUGAUGUUUGAACAUUACAACAUUCCUGCCUUCUUCCUCUGCAAAUCAGCUGUGCUUUCUGCCUUUGCCAAUGGGCGGUCGACAGGCUUGGUCCUCGACAGCGGAGCCACACACACCACAGCAAUUCCAGUGCACGAUGGCUACGUCCUGCAGCAAGGCAUUGUCAAGUCGCCCCUGGCUGGAGACUUCAUGAGCAUGCAGUGCAGGGAGCUUUUUCAAGAGUUGAAUGUUGAAAUAAUCCCCCCUUAUAUGAUUGCAUCAAAGGAUGGCGUGCGGGAGGGAUCACCGGCUAGUUGGAAGAAAAAGGAGAAACUACCUCAAGUCACCCGCUCCUGGCACAACUACAUGUGUAACUGCGUGAUCCAGGACUUCCAGGCAUCUGUGCUGCAGGUUUCAGACUCCCCGUAUGAUGAACAGGUUGCUGCACAGAUGCCCACAGUACACUAUGAGCUGCCCAACGGCUACAACUGUGACUUUGGAGCUGAGAGGCUGAAGAUCCCAGAGGGGCUGUUUGACCCCUCGAAUGCCAAGGGCCUGUCUGGAAACACCAUGUUGGGAGUUGGCCAUGUGGUGACAACCAGCGUGGGAAUGUGCGACAUCGACAUCCGGCCGGGUCUCUACGGCAGUGUGGUGGUGACCGGAGGAAACACGCUCAUUCAGGGCUUCACAGACCGACUGAACAGAGAACUCUCCCAGAAAACCCCUCCAAGUAUGAGGCUGAAGCUGAUAGCCAACAACACUACGGUGGAGCGCCGCUUCAGUGCCUGGAUAGGAGGCUCCAUCCUGGCAUCACUCGGAACUUUCCAGCAAAUGUGGAUCUCCAAACAGGAGUACGAAGAGGGCGGAAAGCAGUGUGUGGACAGGAAGUGCCCUUGAUUUGACGCCCUCUCCAUCACUGCCUCCGCCACAAGCUCAACGUCAUGAUUCGUUCACCUCUGACCCUGGACUCAGGAACACCCACUGAUGGUUGCGCUUGUUUUGUAUGAUUUGUUUUUUAAAAAUAUUUGAGUUUGUCGAUAUCUCGCCUGUCUGGAAUUUAUUGUGAAAAUCAGACAAACAUCUACAAAGUAAGCUUUUCACUAUGAUGAAAUCGGGUUCCUUUGUUUGUGUCUUUACACUCAGUCUGUUGCCUUAUCUUUAAAUUGUUGGUGUUUUGUGGAAACCUUGCAUCUUCAAAAAGAAAAAUUAGGGGUAUGAAGAACGGCUUGAUCUUGCCAUCGUUCACGCCUGGUUUCCCACUUUAGACACCGUCUGUCAUGAUGGAAGGGCCAUUAAAUAUCAGCGUGCAGGCUCAAAAUCAGCUUUUUGAUAGCAAUGUGAAAAACCUCGAGAUAAACACAAAAUUUGCUCUGCAAGGCUUCUGCAGAAUACCGACAAGGUAAAAUUUAGGUGAUGUGCAUGUGGAGGAACAACCUUACACUUUGGGGCAAAUGUAAUUUGUUCAUAAGCCUUUUUUAGUGUAGUGAGUAAACUCAUCAUAGGCAAAGGCCAGUCAGUUCUCGCCUCUACUUAUCAGUCGCAUUGCAAAUAAAUCUGUAUUUAAUUUUCACUUUGCUUGUCAUUGGCUACAUGUGGUCUUUUAAAAAUAAAGUCAGUUUUUGUUAAA